UUUGUAUUUUGAACUUCGUGCAAGCCGUAUGUCUCUUUAUAAACGUUACUUUCAAGUAAUAGUUUAAUUUGAAAAGAAUAUCAGUAUUCCUCUCAACGUCAGAUUUAUACUUCGGAAUAUUUAUGUAUAUAAAAUUCUGCUGAAGAAAAACCCGAAAUCUGAAUCAGCGUUCUUUUCAUAUUUUUAUGAAGAUGACGCCUACGUUUCGUUGGGUGUUCCUGUUGGCGUUGGUGGGCCGCGCCGCGAGCGUGCCAAGGCCUCUCGUGGUCGACGCUUGCGCUCUGCUUUGCAAUCCCGGGGCAGAGACUGAAUCCGAGCGAGCGCGGGAUCCGGAGCUAUUUCCCCGAUAUCCUAAGGUAAACUGCAGGCUCCAGUCUGAAAGCGACGAGCAUCAAGCGUGGGUACUUGCCAGCCACUGCUUGAAACUGUGUGGUGUCGAGCUAUCAAUUCCUUCGGAAGUUAACUGUUUUGCUAUGAGAUCAUCUCUUCAAGCGAAUCUAGGAUGUUAUUGUGACGCUUUAACACCCUUGAGUCCAAACACCAUGCGCCUUCACGAAAGUUGGAGGCUCAACUUUUUGGUAAAGGAGAUAGCGGCCGAUAUCUUGGACGUCAUCCUCAGUUCGCCUCUCGAUAUGAUCAUCCUAUGCGAGCUUCAUGAGGAGUUAUUUAAGGACAACAAUCUGAAAAAGGGAAAAUUAGUUAAUGAGUGUACAAAGACGAAUAACCCAGAGAAUACUACCACUACCACUACGACUGCUGCGCCUAUUACUACCGAAGCUCCACAACGAGCAAAACGAUCGGUUGACAACGAGGAAUAUUCGUCAUGGGAUCAUAGUCAUUCGAUGGAUGAUAUUCAUGAAAUGCUAAUGGACGAACCGAUGAUAGAAACGGAAAUGGAGCCCAUGAUGGAAGACAUCGAUGUGGACAGGGAUAUCCCGACGGAUGAUGUGCAUGAGAUGAUGCAUGAUUCUGCACUUCGUCGUAAGCUGUUUCCUUCCAAGAAGGAAGAAGAAGAGAAAAUCCCUGAAAAUCCACUAUUCAAGGAAUUCGUUAAUGAUUGGAAACGAGUGUGCAAAAUACUGUGUAAAUACGAACGCGGUGAUCAAUUCUGCCACUGUCAAAAUCCAGAGUUAGACAGAUGAACUGAGAGAUAAGAUGUGGAUAAAGAGAUAAGGACAUUCACGUGAAAAA